AAAAAUCGCCCCGCAUUGUUUUUUGCUGAACGAAGGGACAAAAAGGCAUGCCAUGUAUGAAAACUAAUGCGCGCUAUGAGUAUGCAUACACUGCCUUUAAAGAUAAUAGGCAGGCUUCUACAUUGCGUGGGUGGAAUUACUUCAAACGACAGGAGAAGUUAUGAUAACACAAUAACGACCAAAUAGUCCUAGGAGAGCGGUAGGCUGUUUGUAAACUGUAAUUGUAUAUGUUAUUUCCGAAAAAUAAGAAAAUAGUAAUGUGUGCACUCUAGGUUAUCAUGUAGGCGUCGACCUUCAUGCCAUCUCUUUUAGAUAAGCAGGAUGGCAUAAACGGCGUGGCUGAAUUUAACGCCAAGCUUCAAUGCAUCUGCACCAUUUACGCGCCUGUUCAUUAUCCAUCGCUUUAAAGGAUCCUAACCUGCAUGUUUUUCUACAUUUCUCACUUAAAAUGCCAAUAUUGGUAAAUGCAUUUUGCGGUAUUUCCAUAACUCUGAUACCAUCCAACGUUUUUAUUCAAAGGCUGAUCUGACUGAAGCUACUCAGAACACACUUUCCCGGGACGAUAGCUUUGGAUUUCGGAUUCGGUUUUCGUUUGCAUAUAUUUUUGUAUCACAUGGAUCGUAUUGGGAUUAAGGUGGGGUUUUAACCCGAUCCAGGUUUCAGGGAUUUUCGAUAGUGAUGGUUUAAGGAUUUACCAAUUUGGCGAGCAAAUGCAGAAGUAAAAAGUCAAGCCGAUGUAUUACAUUAGCCUACCUCCCUUGUCAAUUUAACUCCACUUCGAUUAGAAAUGCUUCAGUAAGACAAUGGUUGAACAGUGGAAAUAACGCCUGUGUCUACCUCAACAUUCGCGUCGUAUGCUUUUUAUUAAUGACACCGGUAAAGCCUGCUUUGAAGUCAUCAUUGAGAGAGCAUUUGAGAAGACUACAGAUACUGGCCUCUAGGUUGUGGAUCUCUCUGAUGCCAGUGGGCGUCCUCCUACUCCCAGAGCUGUGACUGAGUGACUGCCAGGGUAACAGGAUGCCCAUACCCAUGUGAUAUCUGCAAUGGAGACCAGAGCUUGAUAUCUGCAUAAGGGAGACAGACACAAUGCCCCCAAAGAGGCCUGGCAGAAGUCCUUCCAUCCUCCAUCUGCCUUCAUGCAUGGCCAUGGAGCAGACCUCACAGCACUUGAGAUUGCAGUCACGUCCAAGCUGUUACUGUAAUUUGCAUUGGCUCAUGGGUAGGUGGAAGUGAGGACGAGGAGCAGCACAUGAAGCAGAAUUGAUAUAAGUGGGCCUGGCAGCACAAUGAGCUUCCCUAGCUUCAACUUUAUGGAUGAGUUUGUAAAAGCAGGAUCUGGAAGCUAAUAGACAAUGGAGCGGCUGGUUGUGAGUGUGCUAAUGUGUGCGGUGCUGGUGAAGGGCUACAACUGUCCCGGUCGCUGCAUUUGCCAGCACCUCUCUCCCACACUAACUCUGCUUUGUGCAAAAACUGGUCUGCUGUUUGUGCCCCCAACCAUUGACCGCAAGACCGUGGAGUUGCGCCUCACCGACAACUUCAUCACCAUCAUCCGCAGGAAAGACUUUUUCAAUAUGACCAGCUUGGUCCACCUAACCCUGUCUCGUAAUACAAUCAGCCAGAUAACACCACAUGCCUUCCUGGGCCUACGAUCACUACGCGCCCUCCACAUGGAUGGGAACCGCCUCAGCGUGAUCAAGAGUGACCACCUGAAAGGCUUGGUCAACCUGCGCCACCUCAUCCUAGGCAACAACCAGAUCCACUAUGUGGCCCCUUCCUCCUUUGACGAGUUUGUGUCCACCAUCGAGGACCUGGACCUGUCCAACAAUAACCUGAGGACCCUGCCUUGGGAGGAGAUAGGCAAGAUGACCAACAUCAACACCCUCACUUUGGACCACAACCUGAUAGACCACAUUGGAGCUGGCACUUUCACACUACUUACCAAGCUGGUGCGUCUAGACAUGACCUCCAACCGCCUGCAGAAGCUGCCCCCAGACAGCCUGUUCCAGCACGCCCAGGUGCUCUCAGACGCCAAAGGCUCCAACCCAUCCUCCCUGGCAGUUAGCUUUGGGGGAAACCCUCUCCACUGUAACUGUGAGCUGCUGUGGCUCCGGAGGCUGACCCGUGAGGACGACCUGGAGACCUGCGCCUCCCCCGAGCACCUUAUGGACAAGUACUUCUGGUCCAUCCAGGAGGAGGAGUUCAUUUGUGAACCACCCCUCAUAACCAAGUACCUGUCCACCAAGCCCUACGUCAUGGAGGGUCAGGGAGUCACACUCAAAUGCAAGGCCAUGGGGGACCCCGACCCGGCCAUCCACUGGCGCUUCCCCGACGGUAAGCUGGUGCACAACAACUCCCGCACCAUCCUGUACGACAACGGCACUUUGGAUAUCCUCAUCACCACCCUGAAGGACAGCGGGGCAUUCAACUGCGUGGCCUCCAAUGCUGCCGGCAUUGCUACAGCAGCCGUGGAGAUCAACAUGAUCCCACUGCCCCUGUUUGUCAACAACACGUUGCACCACAUGCGCGAGGCCGACCGGGGCCUCUCUGACAUCACCACCUCCUCCAAGUCGGGCAAUGACACCAAGGGCCACGACAAGCAUCAGGACAAGAGGGUGGUGGUGGCUGAAUUGACUUCCUCCUCAGCCGUGAUUCGCUGGCCCUCCGAGCGCCACAUCCCUGGCAUCAGGAUGUACCAGAUCCAGUAUAACAGCACUGUAGAUGACACAUUAGUUUACAGAAUGAUCCCGUCCACCAGUAAAACGUUCCUGAUCAACGACUUGGCGGCGGGCCGGGAGUACGACCUGUGUGUCCUAGCGGUAUAUGACGAUGGUAUCACCUCUCUGACGGCCACUCGGGUCGUUGGUUGUGUCCAGUUCCUAACAGCCAGUGAGGUCAGCCAGUGUCGAUUCAUCCAUAGCCAGUUCCUGGGAGGCACCAUGAUCAUAAUCAUUGGCGGCAUCAUUGUGGCGUCCGUGCUGGUGUUCAUCAUCAUCCUCAUGAUCCGCUACAAGGCCUACAGCAGCCCAGAGGACAGAAAGGCCAAGGUCAGCUCCAGCAUGCACUCCCAAACAAACGGCAGCCAGCACAGACUCCAGCGCUCCACCUCCAAGCAGCCUGCUGAGGAUAGCCACCAAAGAGAAGCCCUCCCGGAGGCCGCCAAGGAGUGCAUGGCCAUGUUACUGAAAGUGGACAGCGAAAACGAGGAGAGGGACAACCCGCCAACCACCACGGCCAUCAUGGAGGUGGAGCUGCCAGCUCCGCCCACUGACAAGAUGAAGAGGAGGACAAGCCUGGAUGCUCACCGCCCCGGAUCUGGCCCCCCGUCAGACGACACGCAGACAGACAGCAGCCUGACCGGCUCUACCAUGUCCUUGUGUCUCCUUGGCCCCAACGCCGGCACCAGUGAGGCCCCCAGGCUCAAGGACAAAAAGAGUGCCCUGGCCAGUAUGGGCUUUAAUGACGAGCUGGCACGAACUAGGCACAGGUUCAGCUUUGAUGGGGGGGACUACUCCAUAUUUCAGAGCCACAGUUAUCCCCGCAGAGCGCGGACGAGGCGGCACAAGUCUACUAACCAGCUCAAUGUGGAGUCCUCGCCGCUCGCAAACCGGGGUGUCACUUUCAGCAGCACUGAAUGGAUGCUGGAAAGCACAGUGUGAGUGAUACAGCCUGGCCUCAAUGUCUUUCUUAAAGUCACACACACACACAUUCACCAUUAUGCAUACAAAUGUACACAUCUAACAAAUAGUUACAUAUAAAUACACACACAUGCACUCAUGCGAACACACACACACACACACACACAGAGUUGCUGGAGAAGAACAGUCUCCUUUCAUCCUGCCUCCCCUCAUCCUCCCAGAGAGAGAAGUGGUCGGCCAUGUCAUUACUUUAUGCAGCAGUGCCUUAUUCGAAAAAAUGGAUGAAUGGAGGAUGCUGCCCACUGUAGUCAUAACCCUUCCUUUCUACCAUGGUUUCUCACUGUUUCAUAGGGAGCAUUGUUCCAUUUUUUUUUUAUACAACAUGCCAAGCGUUGUGGCAAAUGUGACUGUUUUCCUUUUAAUGUAAAAAAAUAUUUAAAAAAAACAUCACACUGAAAAAAUGAACAACCAGGUAUCCUGUAUGUUGAUCAUCUUUUAGGUUCUUUCAAAGACUUUUGCACACGAAGACACGACGAUACGAGGACAAGUAUCACACCAGUCUAUACAAUAAUAUAUAGAUUAUAGAACUAUAAACAUGCCGAUUUCAAAUGUGAGCACAGAGGAUGGACCUGCUCUACUUGUGGAUUCCUCCGUGCUGGUGGGACUGUAUGAUAUUACUAGGUAUUGUUCCUGAUGUGACUGUAUCAUAUUAAGCGGUAUUGUAUCUGGCUGGUCUAGAUAAAGACAACAAAAAAGACAUAUAUAAGUAUAUUAAAACAUUGGUGUAUGUGUACUAACUAUGUAAGUAAGUAAGUCAUGUCACAUGACUUUUUACAGAGCAUUUGAGUGUUGGUUACAGGUUUUUACAUUAAAAACAUGUGACAUCACACUUCUCCCAAUUUAGUAUGUCAAGGUUUGGACCACAUAUCCCUUAUGAGGGUAUUAAAUUUUUUUGU